CCUUCAUGGCCCUCUUGUUAACUCUAGCUUUAUAUAGUAUAUUUUUUAAAUCUGACACAGAUUCUGCAGUGACCCCAAUCCAGCCACAGGAUGAUGCUGGUCACGGACAAGUUCUCGAUUCUGAUUCACUGUCAGAUUUUCAAGGUCAGCUUGAAGAUAGGAAGAGUAAAGGUCGAAGGCCGAGGAAAAGGUCAGACCACAGUCGAGAAAAGUCCUCCGCUGAUACAAAAGGGCUAAGGUCGCAAGGCAGAAAAAGCAAUUUACAAGACCCACCAGAUUUAAGCAGAGGAAAUCUGAAAGAAAUCUACAGGGAAUUGGAGGUGAUCAGCGAAAAACUCAAGGAGGAGAAUCAUAUCUUGCAUGAUAGAGAGAACAGUUUAAAGGAGAGGGAGAGAAUGUUGUCCAUUUCCCAGGAAAACCUGAAAACUGUUGCUGAUCUUGAAGUCAAACAGAGAGUGUCUGCUGUGGAAGAGAAAUACAAAUCUGAGUUAGCGAAGAUGGAUCAGGCUUUGAAAGAGAAGUUCAAAGAGAAUAAGAGAUUGAAGGAUAAUUUUGAGACUCUUAAAUUGGCAAAUGAUGCACAGAAAAAAGAGUUGGAAGCUUUGAAAAGUCAACAUGAAAAGCUGGAAAAGCAGUCGCUUAGUGUGCAGGCAAGACUUACAAACUUACAGAGAAAACAGGACUUUGUCCAGCGUCAGCGAGAAGCCGACCUUCCACUUCCUAUGGCAGUACCUAAAUCCAAAACCCAGCCAGACGUGCAAGUGGAGGAGAAAGAACGGCCAAAAUCUACCAAAUCUCAAAAGCUCCCAUCCACUACCUAUGAGGUAAUGUCAGCACUUCUAGACUGGGUCUCGGAUUCACAGCUCAGGUAUACAACUAUUGACAAUAUUCUGAAACCAGUCGACAGAGUAGCUACACAGGAUUUCCUUCAGGAAAAAGUUAUCAAGAUUCUACCAUCCCUUGUUGAGAUGUUGAAGGAGUUUCCCAGCCACAAUCUGAAGUUCUGUCUACCUUGUCUACAGUUUACAUACUGGUCCCUGGUUCAUGUUGAACAAAGCCAGGGACAACAGCAAAAGUCUAAUCUUUCCUCCACAUUCCGAAGACUUGGAGAAGAGUUGUAUCGUUCAAAGACAGUCCGAUUUUACGAUUCUGAUCCCUACACAAUAACUGAUGUUACAACGUCUCCUGUAAAAACUGAGAAAAAUAGAGAAGGAAUUUACUUCAGAAGUUCUAACUUACAUGUCCGCUUGUUGUCUUCGUUGAUUAUUUUACGGACUUUGUCUCAAGUUGAUUUGUUAGCCCAUGUGUUUGAUGUAUUGAAAGCAGAUCUGAAAUCGGACAUAGCAAAGGAAUUAUUCUUGUAUUACCAAGGGACCACAGUUGUGCUACAAUUUCUAAAACCUGUAAAUAAACCUUUCAUGUCACCAGCAAUGGAUAUAUUCCUUCAAAUGUCAACAGAUUCACCAUUCCUUCCUCCAUUCCUGGAGAGCUGUAGCAAUGAAACUUGGUUCCGUACAGUUGCCAUGGUUCUCAGAGCACCCAGACAGGAUAUGAAGCUUUUGGAGAGACUGAGUAUUGUCCUCCAGAAGCUUUCAAAAGUUAGAACAAACAAGAGGUUCUUUGAGGUCUACACAAUUACUGGAAUUAUACAGGAACUGUUGCGAGGCUGUUCCAAUGAUCAAGCAUUCCUGGCUCUAAAUCUCAAGUCUAUACUGUACAAUUUGAAUUCAGGAUCCUGACCAUGUGAUCAUUAAAUCAAAAGCCACGUGAUUUGACAUUUCCUGAAUUGCCUAUUUAUUCUUCAAAGAAGUGACUGAGACCCUCUUUUGUAGUGAAGGGAAUACACUUGACACUGUUAAAAACACAAAGUUUGUGUAUUACCAAUAUGUUUGAUAUUUGCAAAUUAUAGAAUUUCAACAGAAAAUCUUGGCUCACUACACAUGUAGUGAUCUAUUCAGCUAUUGUUCUCGUUAUUUAAGGUGGAGAUAGGUAACAGGACUUUUUUUGCUUGUUACUGUAUAAAUUGUAAUUUUGAUAUAUAGAAAUGUUGCUUUGGUACUAACUAAAAUGCCUUUAAAGUUUUACAACAAUCCACCAACAAAUCAAGCCAAAAUUGAAAUGUUGAAACUUUUUGUGUCCAGAAUGCCUGAAAUUUACAUGUGUUUUGAAUUCAACAGCAAUCAAGAAUUGAAAAAGGUCCUUUUACUGGUACCAGCUUUGGAGUUCUUUAGAAUAUUAUAUAUAAUAUGACACAAAACAAAAAAACGAAAAAAAAGAUGAGACUGGAACAAAGUGGUAGGGAUAUCUGUACCUCUUUAAUACACGCGAUCUCAUUGCUAAAUUUAUCAUGUUGACUGUUGUGUUCAGUAGACUGUGAAAAUGUUUAAUUUUAUUACAAAACAAUGUAUAUUUCAUGGGCUCAUGACUAUCAAGAUAAAAUCCAUGUAGAUUUUAUUUGUGUAUUGGGAAUAAAUUUCAUGGCUUGAUGCAACCAAGAAAUUGAAGAAAAAUUGUCCUUCAGAUAGAGUUAAUGAAAGAUUUCAUCUUUAUUUGUCUUAGCAUUUAUCAGUGAGCUUUACAGAUGAAAAGAAUCCGUCCAAUUAUAUAUUGAAACUUUUGUUAGUAAAGCAUAUUUUCUUUGUGGUUGUUCGUCAGUAUGUAUGUUUUCUACAAUGUUUACAACAAAGUUUAAAGAUUAUUUAAUUAAUUGAGUAAAGAUAGUACUAGUCAAAAGGGGCACACCUGCAGGCUCCUGAUAUUUGUCAUGUUUUGCAUACAUUUUGUAUUUAUAAUUAUUUACUGAUAAUUGUAAAUUAAUAGUUAAACAUUGAGUUUUAGACUGUAUGAUUAAAACAUUGAAUAGUCUAUAAUAUAUUUAGGAGACUGACAUACAAGAAAAGUCAUGCAAUUAAAAUUGAUGUGAAAUAGAAGUAAAGUAGCUGCACUUUUAAUCAUGCCAAUAUAGAUACUACAUUUAAUAUUUGAUAGACUUAACUACUGUAAAAUCAGACUUUUUUACAAGGCUUAAAGUUAAUUAAAAAUAGAAAUUUUGAAUUUUAUUAUUCUAAAUAAAUCGCUUAAUAAAUUCAGUAUGAGAAGAAUCUUGUGUAAUAGUCUCUAUAUUUUGUACUAUGUAUGUAACAUAACUGCUGUAAAAUCAGAUAUUUUCCUCAGGCUAAAAGUUUGCAAAAAUGUUUCUUAUUGUAGAAUAUUCACAAUAUAUGGCCAAUUUGUGACUUAUUUAGGACUAUAGAAAUUUAAAAACAAAUAUUUUCACAAGUACAAUAUCUAUUUUUAUGCAAAUAUGAGCAGUAAGCAAGUAAAAUGAAAGUAAACCCCUUGCAGAAAUGUCUGAAUUUACAGUCUCUACUUAGGAAAUAGGUCCAAGCUUGCUUGUAUUUGUGAAGUUUUUAACUCUCACAUGCCAGUCUAGUACUAGCAGUAUGUUGUUUUUAAGCAUUCCAAGGUGAUAUAUAGUAAUUAAUGUAUUGCAGUUAUGUAUAUGUAAUUCGGUAAAAAAAAAAACACGUAUGUAAUAGUCUCUUUAUCUUAUACUACUGAGGUACAACGAUUAAUAUAACAUAACUUCUGUAAAAUCAGAUACUGUGACAUUAUUAAUAUUCGUGGGGGACUAAUUUUCGUGGAUUUCAUGGUUAAGUCAAACCACGAAAUUUAAUCCCAACGAACAAGUAAAAUUCUCAUUCAUUUUAUAUUCAAAAAUUGAAAUCCACGAAUUCAUAUCCCCACGAAAAUGCCAGUUUGACCAAAACCACGAAAUUUCAUGACCACGAAAUUAAAUGAAUUUGCAGUAUUUGGCUGAGGCUUAAAGUUUGCUUAGGUUAGAGUUGUUUCGAAUUGUUGAAUAUUCUAUAUAAAUGGACAGUUCAUGAAACAUAGGAUUAUUAGAAACAUAAAAAGCAUUUUCACAAGUACAGUAUUUAUUUUUGCAAUAACGAACAAUAAGCAAGUAAUGUGAAAAUGUAUCUCUUGGGAAAAUUUCUCAUUUUGCAGUAUCUGUUUAUGAAAUGUGGAUACAUGUCUAAGCUUGUUUGUAUUUGUGAAGUCUUUUAACACUUAUAUGCCAGUCUAGAACUAGUAGUCUGUUGUUAUUUUCUUACAUAAAUGAAGCAUUCCAAUGUGAUAUGUAGUAAUUAAUGUAUUGCAAUUAUUAAAACCAGUUUCACAACAGUU